ACUUAACAGAAUGAUCUGGACAGAAAGAUUAAAAAUAUUAGAAUAAACUAAAAAUAGAUAACCUAGGUUGUUUCUGAUUUAAUAGUUGGAUGAAUGCCCAAUAAGAUAUAUAGCCAGUGUGCUUUAAAUUUUACAUCAUAGAUUAUUAAUUUAUUUGAUUAUUCAUUAAUAAUACAUUAUUAGUGUAUAUAUAUUAAAAAUGGAUAAGUACAAAGAAGAUGAUAAAAUUGCUUUAUUUACUAGUCAUAAAUUAAAAAAAAAUACAGUUCAAAAGUUUAAAGGAGAUUGGAAUAAUUUACCUAAUUUGUUACUUGAAAAUAUAUUUGCUUAUUUGAGUGCAAAAGAAAAAUACAAUGCAUCUAUGACAUGUCGAUCUUGGUAUUCAGCUUUUCAUUUACCUUAUUCAUGGCAUACAUUUGUAUUUGAUGACACUACUCUAACUCGCCGAAAAUUCAACUAUUAUUCAGGUUGGCAAUUUAUGUUAGACCACUUGCGAGUUCAAAUUUGUCUUCAGUCUAUUGGAUCUUAUAAUAAAGUUUUAGUAUUUAGACCAACUUCAAAUUUUUAUAACCUAUAUGAGUUUAUGAACAUGAUUUCAUUUUAUGUCGAAAAUGGAUAUAACAUUGGAUCAAGAAUUAGAGCACUUCAUUACACUUUUCCUUGUAACAUGGCUACAUCACACGAUGAGCUUGUUUUAUAUGGUACUGGGGGAAAACUUUUAGAAGCUUUAAAAAGAUUAAUGGGUAAUUUAUCAUCACUGCAGCGAUUAGAAUUAAUUGAUUUGAUGUUGGAAAACUAUGAUGCACAAUUACUAUUGGAUCAAAUUUGCUUUCAUUGUUGUGCUACUUUAAAAACAUUGGUGAUGAUAAAUGCAACAAAACAGAUGUGUCAGUUACUUCAUCCAGGAGUUUUUGUAAACCUACAGGUUUUGGUUAUAAGUCCACAAAACCUAGGAAGUGAUUUACUAUUAUUAAUAAGUCAAACUACAGUUCGAAAUUUGUACAUAGUUCAGAAUACUUAUACACCUACAGAAAUUGAAUCUAUUAAUGUUUAUGAUUGGAAAAGAAGUACCAUAGCUAGUCCUCAGUUGAAAGUUCAUUUAAGAAUAGAAUCUUCAAGAGAAAGACAGAUUUUAUGGCAAAUUGGUGCACCUGUUUCCAGCAUCAUUUACAAAUCACCUAUUAUUCAAAUGACUGCUGAUAUAAUUAAUAAAAUUGUUGAAUUAUAUUCUAACAGUUUACUUACAUUUGGAAAUUUAGAUUUACCAAAGUUUUAUCAACCAAAAUCAUUUAUUGAACGUAAUGAUAGAAAUUUAAUUGACUUAUGUCGAAUGUGUAAUAAAUUAGAUACAUUAAUUGUCAGAGAAAAAAUUUCUACUUGUACAUUGUUGUUACUUGCAUAUUAUGGACAAUCAUUAAAAUAUUUGUAUGUGCGCCGUAAUGCAGUAAUUCUACGGUUUGAUUGGCAGUAUCAAAGUGAAUGGUCAAGUGAGUUUUAUCAAUGGUUAAAAAAGUCAAGUAUGUCAUAUCAAGUAGCAGAAGAACAAGUUGCUAAAUGUCUGGGUUUAGAUUAUUGGUCAUUAUUAAAUGAUAAAGAAUUCAAAAGUAUAACUCUAAAAAUGUGUUAUUUUAAUUAUAAAUAAAUAAGUAUAAACAAAAAUUUAUAAUUUUGACUUAAACUACACACUUUCUUUCUAAUAAUGAAUAGUAAUACGAUAACCAAUAUUUUUCUUUUUUUUUUAUCAGUUUAUAAUUGUUUCAAUUUAUUUCAAGAUACUCAUGUUUAAUGAGAGUAAACAUUUUUUCUUACGUUUUUGGUAUAAAUUAAACCAUAGUGUGAUUUUAAUAUAUUUUUUGUUCUCCCUUAUGGCUCAGCUUCUACAAUAACAAUAUUGUCGAUUAAUAUGUCUAAAGAACUCGAAUUAUAUUAAUUAGGAGUCUAUUGUGUCUACAAUAGACAUACCCCUAAUGCAUUACAUUUUUAGUUGUUAUUUAAUUAAAAAUAUCCGAAUAUGCAAACUAUUUGAAUAUGAAAAAAAGAAAAACUAAACUUUGUAAAAUAUAUUAAACUGAACUCAAAAUUUAAUUUUUUUUAAUCAUUUAAGCUUAGAUGCGAAACUGAGAAGGCAUAGGUUUUUCAUGACUUUUUUUUAUGUUUAUUCACGAAAAUUAUUAGUUCUCGCUGGACCGAUUAUGUUGGUUUAUGCUAAAAAAUCCGAUUGUAAUCUAGUUGAACCCUUUAAUGCUAAAAAUUUAAAACAAAUCCUACAAUUUUAUAUAUUUAAACAAGUAUCUCAAAAUUACCGUGUUAAUAUGAAAAAUGGCAUUUUCAAAUCUUUUUUCUGCAUGUUCACCGUUGUAAAUUUUUUCAGUUUCGAUGCGAAGCUGAGAAGAUAUUAAUUUUACUAUGAUGUGUGCUUUUUUUUUUUUGUGUGUGCUGUUACCACUUUUUAUCAGCUCUCACUGAACCGAUUUCUUUCAACGAUACGUCAAAAGAUCACAAAUCGUAUCUAGUCGAAGACAUUACACUCAAAAAUUGAAAAAAUUUCUCUCUUUCCCCGUAAAUGGGGGAAACCUCCAAAAAAAAAUACAAAUUACAAACUUUUUGAAAAAUGUAUGGAUCAAUACAAUUUUUUUAUAAGAAAUAAUAUUUAUAUACUUCUUUCAUUCGACAUACUUUUUUUUUAAAUCGGACCAUUUCCCUUAAUACAGGGGGGGGGGGUUCAAAACAUAAAAAUGCAUAUAGAAAGUAGAACUUUUUCAACCUAAUUUAUGAAAGUGUUCCGGAAAUACUGACACUUUUAUAUAUAUCUUAAAUUAAAGCUUAUGUAAUAUACUUUAAUAUUAAAAAAAAAAAUUUGGACUUUAUUUUGUCUUCACGGUGAAAAUGGCUAUCGAAUGCUAUUUUUGUAUGAAAAUUCUCGAUUUUAUGUUUUAAAUUUUUAAUUUUAUAAUGCUAUGACUUAUUGAAAAGUGUAUGGAUCAACACAAUUUUUUUAUGAGAAAUAAUAUUUUUUAAUAAUCCCUUUUCCAUACGACAUACUUGAUUUUAAUCAGGAUAUUAAUAAGGAACUUGCAGAUCAUGUAACUUUUGGAAUAAUCAACCAAUUUUUUAAAAUUAAACACUAUCUAAAGAUUUACAUCGAAGCGUUUUUUUUUAUAGUGAUUUUAAUCACUGUGAGAUAUCAUUAUACUUGAUCCUACUAUGCCACGUCACCAUUGUGGCGCGAACCCCCCGUGCUGGGUUUUUUUACUUAAAACUGCCAUAACUUUUUCAAAAAUGAACAAAUCAAUAUAAUUUUUUUUUAUAGAUAUAGGAUGUCUUUACCUAUCAUUUGAUAUAUUUUUUUUGAUAUAUUUUUCAACUAUACGUCAAAAAAACUAAUCGUAUAUAGUCGAAGUCAUUACUUUCAAAAAUUUAAAAAAUAUCCAGCAUUCAUCGUAAAGGGGGGGAAAUCUCCAAAAUGACUACAAAUUUAAAAAUAGAUAAUUUUCGACAUUUUUUCAUUUUUUUUUUUACCUAAAACUGUAAUUUUUGAAAAAUGGAUGAAUAAAAGCAUUUUGUUUCUUUUAAUAGAUAUAUUAUUUUACUAUAUAUUAAUUAUAUAGUAAUAUAUAUUAAUUACAUAUUGUUUGUUAUAUAUUUUUUUAAAUCUGACCCUUCCCUGGCCACAGAGAAGGAUUCAAAAUGACACUAAAUUAAAGCUUAUGUAAUAUACUUUAAUAUGAAAUAAAAUUUCAAACUAUAGAUUUAAUUAAGUAGCCAUAUUUGUUAUGUAAAAAUAAUUUUUAAAUAUUAAAUAGUAUAAAAAGUUGA